CUGUUCAGUCACGGACGUCUCUAUUUUCCACCAUUUUUAUACACCUUCAUUUUGUCUGAUCAUCAAAACAACAUGACAAACGAUCUCAAACCGCCACCGGAAUCCGCCACACAGCUGCCGGCCGAUCAAACCACCACCACCACGGUCGGCAAGUUGUCACGAAACUACGACGUAAUGCAUGUGGUGUUACGGAUUGUUAGCUUAUCUGCUUCAUUGAUUUCGAUUGCUGUACUCACUUCUGCUAAGGAGAAAUCAACUGUUUUGAUCUAUGGAUUUCAACUUUCUCUUUACUCCAAGUGGUCCUUUUCUGGAUCCUUUGAGUAUUUGGUUUGUGUAUCCGCAGUUGUAGCGUUCCACUCUCUUCUUCAACUAGUCAUGACAUCAUCAAGAAUGUUAAGAAAGUCGUCGAUCUUUUCGUCUAGAAACCAUGCGUGGAUCAUUUUCGCUAGUGAUCAGGUGUUUGCGUAUGCGAUGAUGAGUGCCGUAUCGGCUGCGACAGGCGUGACCAACUUGAACCGAACAGGAAUCAAACACCCACCUUUACCCAAUUUCUGUAAGCCGUUGCAUAGCUUCUGUGAUCGCGUUGGGGUUUCAAUUGCGUUUGGAUUCUUCAACUGCUUCUUGCUUGCCGUUUCAACGGUUCUUGAUGUCGUUUGGUUAACUAAUUAGUUUUCGAGUUUCAAUACUAGGGUUAUGUUUAGACUAGAUUAUUAUGUAUUUAUCUGUUGCGGAUAUAUUGAGAUUAAUACGUAGACGGUCUAUAAAAACACAUAUCGAUAUAUGCACUAUUUAACUCUCUUUCGAUUACUA